CGCUACUUGUCAUUUUGCACUUGAUUCCCACACUCGUCUUGUGUGCUUGGGGCCCGCCCACUAAAAAGACACUUCCUGCAGUGUCCAUGAGAUCCACACACACACAGACACACACACGAAGAAGGUUUUCCUUGAAGAAGUUGCUGAUCUUUGCAGCAGCAUGCUUGGCCUGACGACAGCAGCGGGACGUGCCGGAACGAUGUUCCUGAGCAGACGCAUGGCAGCGGCCUUGACCUCCAGCAGCAGAGCCACCAUGGCGAGUCGCGCAGACGUCAGCCAGGUGGAGCAGAUGUCCAAGCCCAUGUACUGGGACCGUGUGGACACGCCGCUGCCGGACAGGCCUUACAAGGACGAGCUGAGUGCUGUGGACAAGAGCCUUAAACAGAAGGAGAAAGGAUCUUGGAAGCAGCUGAGCAAAGAGGAGAAGAUAGCCUUGUACCGCCUGAUGUUCCGUCAGACCUACCCCGAGAUGAGGCAGCCCACUGCAGAGUGGAAGACGGUCAUGGGGGCCUUCUUCAUCUUUCUGGGCUUCACCGGUCUGGUGGUCUGGUGGCAGGCCCUCUAUGUGUACCCGCCUCGUCCGCCAACCUUUGAUGACGAGUCGCAGGCCAAACAGGUGAAGAGGAUGCUGGACAUGAGGAUCAACCCGGUCCAAGGUUUCUCCUCCCAGUGGGACUACGAGAAGGGCCAGUGGAAAUAAAAGGGAAAUGAAGUGGAAACUAUAAGAAGGAAGCAGAAAAUGAUCAUCAUCAUCAUCACUAUUUGUGUGUGCUAUAAAUCUACAACAAUAAUAAUAAUAAUAAUAAAGCUUGACUCCGUCCAACCCUUUUA